CACUAAAGAAAAGAAAUAUAAAAAGUAACGGAAAUACAUUUGGCAACCUUUUCGCUUAUAUAAAGGUAAAUAAACAUGGCAGAUUCCAUGCCGCCGGAUUCUGAAGAUCAUUUAUUAGAAGAAGACUAUUACGCUUUCCUGAAUUUAAGUAAAGAUGCAACUCCAGAAGAAAUCACAAAUGCCUAUCGGCGGCUUAGUAAACUUUAUCACCCAGAUAAGCACAGAGACCCUGAUCAAAAGAAAAAUGCUGAAAUUCUAUUUAAUAAAACUAAAAUUGCCUAUGAAGUGUUAAGUGAUCCUCAUCAACGAGCUAUAUAUGAUACUCUAGGUGUUAAAGGUUUAGAAACAGAAGGAUGGCAGAUUGUACAGCGUACAAAAACGCCUCAGGAAAUAAGAGAAGAAUACGAACUUUUAUUAAAAGAAAAAGAAGAAAGGAGAAUUCAGCAAAGGACAAAUCCAAAGGGAACCAUAACUAUUGGCGUGAAUGCAACAGAUUUGUUUGAAACAUACGAUUUUGAUACAGGCUUUCCAGUAAUUGAAAUUAAUGCUAUGUCUAUAUCUCAGUCAGUUGAAGCUCCCUUAGAUACAUCUGAUACAUUGACCUUAAAUGGAAGCAUUGCUACUCAGAAUGGCACAGGUGGUGGUAAUAUAAAUUGCUCAUGGAAAAAAGUUGUUUCAGCUAAAUCUUGGUUAGAAGGUGGAAUUGGAGCUGGAAAUGGUUUGGUUUUGAAUUUAAAAGGCUUUCGCACCUUAUCAAAAUACAGCUUUGGUACCUUGCAAACUUCCUUCCACUUUAUGGAGUCAAGUGUAUCCCCUGGUUUAGAACUUAUGCUAGCUCGGCAGCUUGCAAAAAACACAGCUGGCUACUUAACUAUGAAAGGUGGAUCGUCUUCUUCCGUUAAUACCAUGAUUGUACAUGAUACAGAAAAAGGCCAUUUUGUUGCUGGCUUACAAUUUGGAAUACAACGAAGUUUUUUUACAAUAAGCUAUACAAGGAAACUAGAAGAUGAAGGGAGAUUGAAAGGUUCUAUUAAAUUUGGUUUGUUUGGUGCUAUUUUAGAAUAUGGAUGCCAGAAAAAGGUAUCAAAAAACAGCACAGUAGGUGCAUCUAUGAUUCUCGGUGUGCCAUCUGGUGUUACAUUAAAAUUAAAAAUUACACGGGCAAAUCAGACUUUCCUUUUUCCAAUUAUGUUGUCUGAAGAGCUAAUACCUAGUGCUGUUUUUUAUGGAACUGCUGCACCAGUUCUUGGAUGGUUUAUUUUAAAAGUACUAUAUAUAGAUCCUUAUCAUGAACGUCAGAAAAGAAGAGAAACAGAAAAAUUUAAAGAAGCUAAUGCUCAAAGGAUAGCUGAAAGAAGAAAAGAAGCCCUUAUUGCUGUAUCUCUCAUGCAAGAAACAUAUCGUAGAAUCAAAUCUGAAGAGGAGAAAAAGAAUGGAUUAAUCAUUAAAAUAGCAGUGUAUGGAAGUGUAGAAAAUAUAACAAAUCUUAAUAUGGACCAAAUGGAUUCCCAACUUGAUAUUUUGGAUGCAACUGUUCCAGUACAAUGUUUAGUUAAAGAUUCUCGAUUAAUACUUCCAAAUAGAUCAAAGAGUAAUUUGCCUGGAUUUUAUGACCCCUGUCUUGGAGAAGAAAAAUUACUUAGAAUAGAUUAUCUUUAUAAAAAUAUAGCUCAUUCCAUAACAAUACCUGAUCAUGAAAUGUUAAGAAUACCUAGGAUAGGAGAAUAAUAGAUUAUAAAAUAAAAGGUUAUUUUCAAUAGAAAUAUUUAUUAAGCAUCCUCAUAGCAUGAACGAAAUCAUUGGAAGCAUAACAGUCUUUUCGAAGUGUUCACAGAUCUGCAUCAAAUGCAAAUGUAGUUUAUUAUAAAUAUUUCUUUUGUUGUUUUGUAACAUAAAUACACUUUAUUUUG